AUGGACGCCUCCUCCGCUUUCAACGCCGCCUCAAGCGCCUCCUCUUCAUCAUCCUCAUCUACCAGGCAAUCUCCCAGCUCCUCUGCCGCCAUCAUGGUCCCGGCCCCCGUCCAGACAAAGGCCCCUUCGACCGAGCCCUUCCUCAAGGACUUUACUCUCGUCGCCGAGGCCGCCAAGCGCGCGCAGGCCGCCGUCAUGGUGCGCGACUUUGCGGAUUUCAAUAUCUGA